AUGUCCUCGUCAACACCCAAAACAGCUCCAAACACACCCACCACCACAAAACUGGGCAACCCUCUGAACAUUCCCAAAUGGCUGAACGAAAACUCGCACCUCCUAAAACCCCCAAUAAACAACUACUGCGUCUACUCAGACCCCAUGACCGUCAUGAUAGUAGGCGGCCCAAACGCCCGCACAGACUACCACAUCAACACAACUCCCGAAUUCUUCUACCAAUACCGCGGCCGCAUGCUCCUGAAAACCGUCGAAGAUGGAAAGCACAGAGACAUUUACAUUGACGAGGGCGAAAUCUUCUUGUUGCCCGGCAAUACACCGCAUAACCCUGUCAGGUUUGCGGAUACGGUGGGGGUGGUUAUCGAGCAGCCGAGGCCGGAGGGCGAGGUGGAUAGAUUGAGGUGGUAUUGUCAGGGUUGUGGGUGUGUUGUGCAUGAGAGUAGUUUUGUGUGUACGGAUUUGGGGAGUCAGAUCAAGGAUGCGGUUAACAAGUUUGGGGAAGAUGAGGAGGCGAGGAAGUGUGGGAGUUGUGGCGAGAUUUGUGAUGUUAAGCCGAAGCCUGAGGCCAUGGAGAAGAUGAGGACUGGUCCCCAUGCUUGA